GUCAUUGUUCAUUUUCCUGAUUGAGGGUGAGGUUUCUCCUCUUAUCUGCUUCCUGUUGUUUUACACAACGACUUCCAUGAAGCCGGAGGAGCUGCUCUCUCGGAGCUUUGUGCCUUAAAAUCCUGCGGUUUGGAUCGUUUUGCAGCCUGCAAGAUGGAUCUGGAGCAGCUUGUUGACUAAUUUUAACAGGUUUUGCUGCUGGAGAAACACGGGACUCCAUGAGGGGCUGCGCGGCAGAGCGAGCAGCUGAUCGCUGGGGUCAGACAUGGGAUCAUCCAAACACCUCAGAACAAUGAAGACGAAAUGCUGAGCUCCAACGUGAGGACGCCAGCUUGUUGUCUUCAUUCACUUCCUGCAUGGUUUCCUGGAACUCCAGUCAAUGCGCUGAAGAAGAACAGACUGAAUAUCUCAGCUAUGGGUUUCCAGCAGCCUUGCCUGCGGAAACGAAAACAGCUGGCGAUUGUCGUCCUCCUGUUUGCCGCCAUAAUGUUCAGGUUUGCAGAAAGAUAUUUAACGAAGGCGAGUCAGAUAGCCAACUCAACAACAAAACUGUUACCGGGCAGCACAGUAACACAACUCUGGCCCUGGACACACAAUGUUACACUUAAAGCUCCAACAAAACGUGCAACUUCAUUUAUUGCAGUCAACAUGACAAAGACGCUGCUGGUCUCAGCUUAUCUAGAACACCGCACAAACCCAAAGCAGGUUCGGGUCAUCGCGGUGGUGCUGCGUGAGGAAACGCCGUCGUACCUCUGCGUCUUCCUCUGCCGCAACAACCAGACCCUCGUCUCCGACGGAGAGCUGCAGAUCCACGGCGACCACUUCGGCUUCCGCUACGGCGCCGCCGACAUCUUGUGUCUCGUCCCUGCGUCAUGUGACGCGCCGUUGCACGUCGCCGUGGUCUCCGCGGCAUUUAAAGAGGAGCAUCAGUCUGAAUUUUUGGAAGUGAAGAACAAAAACAAAAAGACGGAAUCCUUUAAUCACACCUUCACCGUCUGUCUGUCCACCAUGUUUGAUUUCAACAAUGUGCUGCAGUUUGUGCAGAGUUUAGAAAUGUUGCGGUUUCUGGGUGUGAGCAAAGUGUUUGUCUAUAAAACCAGCUGCAGCGCUAAAACCCAGCGCGUUCUCAACUACUACACCAGAAAAGGUAUCUUGGAGGUGAUUCCUUGGUCCAUGUCCGGCUUCCUGAAUGUGUCUCGCGGAUGGCUGCCCUCCCACGGCCCCGGUGACCUCCACUACUUCGGGCAGAUCACUGCGCUCAACGACUGCCUCUACCGGAACAUGUACCGGUCCAAAUACGUGGCUUUGCACGACGUGGACGAACUAAUCCUGCCCCAGACGGUCAAAACCUGGACGGAGCUGCUGCCUCUGCUGGAAAGUAAGUACACCCGCAACAAAUGCUACAUGUUUGAAAACAACGUGUUCCCCAACAACGUGAUGCUGCCGCGGAGCGGGACCGACCCGGCCCGGUGGAGGGGCGUCCCGGGCGUGGACGUCCUGGCCCACCUCCACCAGGAGCCCGUCUCCAAAGAACACGUUUACGAAAAGUUCAAGAUCAUCGUCAAUCCCCGACUCGUCGCCUCCGUCUCUGUUCACGGCGUCCUCCAGUCCCACGGCUUGGACGGCUGCGCCUGGGUGGACCGGAACAUCGCCAGGAUGUACCACACCAGAGCUCAGAUGCGAACAGAUCUGACCUUUGACCAGCUGGUUUAUGACGGCAGACUGCUGAGCUACAGCCAGGCGCUCAUCCAGGCCGUCAACGCCACGCUGAGAGAGAGCGGGAUUCUCUGAGCGCUCAGUGGGAAACUCAGGCUUCCAAGAAACAUCGGCCAAGACAGUUAAUAAAUCAUAUUCUGGAAAAAAUAUUCCAGAAUAUUUAGCUUCAACCUCAGUGAGAUUGAAGCUAAAACAUCUUUGAUAAUACACUGCUCAAAAAAAUUAAAUAAAUAAAAAUAAAAUCAA